AUGAACAGCGGGAUCAGCGACCCCAGCCCGUACUCCAGAAGCGGACUGGACUACAUCGCGAACUUGACUGUCGACGCGAUCGCCGGAAUCCACUCAUGCAGCUUCCCAUCGCGUAACGAGUGGAAGGACUCCCCCCAUGCCAGGUCACCAAUCACGUCGAAAACCAUCAUGUUGUACCACUGCGUGAAGUCCACAGCCCCGUUGCCGGUGGUUGCUACCACUACCUCGUUCGGAGAAGGCCCCCGCUCGGUAGCGGCCGAGAAGGUAGUGGCAGAGAUUCAGAGCCUAGGAUCGGCGGCGAUCGCAAUCCAGGCGGACGUCCGGGACGUAUCGCAGACGGUGCGCCUGAUGGACGAGGCGGUAGCGCACUUCGGCGGACUGGACAUUGUGUGCAGCAACGCGGGGGUCGUCAGCUUCGGUCACCUAGGCGAGGUCACUGAAGGGGAGUUCGACCGCGUCUUCAGCGUCAACACGCGCGGUCAGUUCUUCGUCGCCCGCGAAGCCUACCGCCACCUAAAUGAGGGCGGUCGCAUUAUCCUCAUGUCCUCCAACACCGCCCGCGACUUCAGUGUCCCUAAACAUGCUCUCUACUCUGGCUCUAAGGCGGCGAUCGACUCCUUCGUGCGCGUCUUUUCCAAGGAUUGCGGCGAUAAGAAGAUCACCGUCAACGCGGUAGCCCCCGGCGGCACGGUAACCGACAUGUUCCACGAGGUCUCCCACCACUACAUCCCCAAUGGCGAGAAUUAUACCGCCGAGGAGCGGCAACAGAUGGCCGCUCAUGCUUCACCCUUGGUGCGCAACGGGUAUCCCUUGGACAUUGCGCGGGUGAUAGAAGAGAACCCGGCCGCUGUGCCCCCGUUCUCCUGCUUCGCCUCCGCUGCAGUGCAACAGGAGACCUCUGAGGCCGCCACGAGCUUUUGGCAGGCCCGAUUCGAGUCCUUCAAAGGCACGGUCUUUCCCCAGCUGCCCCUAGACCAUCCAGAGUGUCGUGCUUCUCAAUCACUCACCUUCAACGUUUCCAUGUCGACGCGACGAUCUGCGAUCACACAAGCCACGACAAUCCAGUAUGCCCUGGCGCUGCUUAUUUCCAAGCUCCGCGGCGAGUCGGAUGUGAUUUUCGGCACCACCGUUCAUGGACGCACCGUAGCCGGUUGCCCGGAUGCAGAGGCUGUGUCACUGGGGCCCGGGGCGGCGGCCGCUGCCUCCUUCACCACUCUUUUGAUCAUCCAUCCUGAGAUGGGCGGAGAUGCGACUGACCAUCCCAACAAAAUUCGGGAGAUCGAGAUAGGAGCCGCAGAUGCCUAUGUGGACUACCUGCUGGUCGUCGAGUGCUUUCCACAAGCCCAAAACUUGAGCAUCAAGCUCCUGUAUGACCCGGCCGUCUUCUCUACGUGGGAAAUGCAGAUGAUGGCUGAGCAAUUUGAGCAAUCGCUCCACGCCCUACACACCACUGAAUAUCCCGCGGCGGUGGUCCGAGACCUAAGUCUCCUCUGUGCUGCCAGCGUGCCCGCAGUCCUCGAGAUGAGCCGUGGCGAGCUGAUCGACCGCCGGGAGUGCCUCCACGAGCGGAUCUUUGCCAAAGCGCACUCAUGGCCAGACGCCGAGGCCAUCUACAGAUGGGACGCCCGAUACACCUACGAGGAAUUGGGGAGCCUGGUCAAACGGCUGGCGGCGCGUCUUGCGCCGUUGCUUCCCGCGAAGGCCGGUCAGAUUGUCCCCAUCUGCUAUCCUAAGUCCGCUGCAGCCGUGGUCGCCAUGCUGGCCACCCUGACAGCGGGCCAUGCGUUCCUGCUGCUGAAACCCGCCCUGCCGCCACAACGCAUUCGAUAUAUGAUCGAGGCGGCCAAGGCGGAUCGUGUCCUCUGUGCGUCGGCGACCCGCUACGUGGUGGAGGACAUGGGGACGCAGGUGGUGAACUUCCAAAGUCUAUGGGAUCAUCCCGCCGUUGCGCCGGAUAUGGGUUUCUUCGAGGUUCAGCCGUUGCCGGACUCCCCAGCCUACUGUAUCUUCACCUCCGGGUCGACCGGGGAUCCCAAGGGGGUGCUCCUCCUGCACCGACAGGUCACCAGCGGGCUCGAAGCCCAGGUCGCGGCAGGCCUGUACGAGCGCCAGGCCCGGCUGCUGCAAUUCGCCAGCUUUAGCUUUGACACGUGCAUUGCCGAUAUUUUUGGGACUCUUCUCAGUGGUGGGUGCAUCUGCAUGCCAAAAGAUGAGGAUCGCCUGCUGCGGAUCGCCGAGAACAUCAACGAAUUCGACACCACGACCGUCGACCUAACCCCGUCUGUCGCUCGGCUGCUUCCCCCGGACGAGGUUCCCCGGCUGCAGGUGCUUCGCCUGGGCGGCGAGGCGAUGCACCAGUACCACAUCCAGACUUGGGCAGAUCGUUGCAACCUUCAAAACACCUACGGUCCUACAGAAUGCUGCGUGCAGUGCACCUUUGUCGACCGCGGGCCCCGCUCCAUGGCUCCGGCCGUCAUCGGCAAAAGUAUCGGAUGUCACCUCCGGGUUAUCGACCCGCAGAAUUAUAAGUAUCUCAUGCCGCUGGGCGCGGUGGGCGAACUGGCGAUCCAGGGCCCCGCCGUGGCCAAUGGCUAUAUCAAUAACACGGCCAAGACGGAGGCUUUAUUCCUCCUCCGCGCCCCGUGGCUCGAGACCUACGAUGUCAACUGCCCCUACCCAGUCUACCUGACGGGCGACUUGGUUCGAUUCAACGAGCAGGGUGACUUGAUCUUUCUCGGCCGCCGGGAUAGCCAGAUCAAGAUCCGGGGCCAGCGUGUCGAGCUGGAGGAGAUCGAGCACGUCCUGCAGCAAGAUAAGAGGACAGACCAGGCCCUUGUUUGCUACCCCACAACAGGAGUGCUCGCCUUGCAGCUGGUUGCUAUCCUCGAGCCGUCCGCCCCCGCGGUCGGGUUGCGCGCGCGCGGCCAGACGACAGCCUGGAUGGAGCCAAUCGCCCACAAGGCCGCCAAGUUCCUACCGCGACACAUGGUGCCCGCCGUAUUCUUGGUGGCCUACCAGGGCUUGCUGAUGUCGUCCGGCAAGCUGGACCGGCGCAGUGUCCAAACAUGGCUGGAGCAGCUGUCGGUUGAUGAGUUCGAGGUCUUGCCUGCAUACUACCACGCCUCAGGGGAGGCACGAGACUCGUCCUCGACCGAAGCGCGCCAAUUGUCGAACAGGUCCAAUCCCUCCUCGCGUGGCGAUCAUCUACCAACCUUCCGUCCGCCACCGGCUUUUCCCUUCUCCAUUCCUUCUCCCGCAUCGCUGGAUUCCAUCACCAUAAUCCCCUUUCUGCGAUGGAUUAACCAGAACUACUCUAUCCGCUUGGAAAUGACCACUCUCCUGCAGCUGGAGACCGUGCAAGGACUCGUCUCCCAUUUGCAGAGCCACCAGGGCGGACUGUCGACCAAGACGGAGCGCAGCGACGAGAAGAAUGAGGAUCAAGAGACCUUCGAAACCCUGAUCCACCAAGGUGUCGACCAGCUUUGCCAGGAACAGCCCAUCAUCUCCCAACGCGAGCUGUCCGAAAAGUCCGCUCUGACCCGGCUGGUGCGGAAGCUCGCCGUCCCGCAGAUGGCCCUGGUACGACGCUGUAUCAAUGCGGCGGCCGGCCAUCGUGCCCUACCCCGCCGGCUGAAUAUCCGGAGCUUGCGGUCUAAGCCCUGCCGCAUCCUCCUAACGGGGGGCACCAGUCUCGUCGGGCUAAACAUCCUGACCUCCCUCCUCAAGCAGUUCCCCCGGACGCGCAUCGCGGUCUUGGUGCGCUGCAACACAGCGGUGGAUGGCAAGGCCCGGCUCAUCGAGCGCGCCAGCCUCCUGCCCCCGUGGCGCAGUGACUUUGCGCCCCGCGUCGAGGUCUGGCCUGGAGAUCUGGGUCCCGCACGGCUAGGGCUCUCGCCGGCGCAGUGGGAGUCGCAGCUGGGCGGGCGCGGUGGAAACCCGGCCCACUACGUGCACGCCUGA